AUGCUUUCCGAAAAUACAACUAUAUUGAUGGCCAAUGGCGAAAUUAAAGACAUCGCUAAUGUCACCGCUAAUUCCUACGUUAUGUGCGAAGAUGGUUCAGCCGCCCGCGUUAUAAGCGUCACACAAGGUUGUCAAAAAAUCUACAAUAUUCAGCAAAAAACCAAGCAUAGAGCUUUUGAAGGCGAACCUGGUAGAUUGGACCCUAGACGUAGAACUAUUUACCAACGCCUGAACUUGCAAUGUACCGCAGGUCAUAAACUAUCUGUCAGGGUUCCUACUAAACCACUGUUAGAGAAAAGUGGUAGAAGUGCCACGAAAUACAAAGUGAGAUGGAGAAACUUACAACAAUGUCAGACACUUGACGGAAGAAUAAUAACAAUUCCAAAAAAUCACCACAAAACGUUCCCAAUGACUGUCGAAGGUGAAUUUGCCGCGAAACGUUUCAUCGAAGAAAUGGAGCUUUUGAAAGGCGAAUACUUUAACUUUGACAUCGAAGUCCGAGAUUUGGACUACCUUGAUGCUCAGUUGAGAAUUUCAAGCUGUAUUAGAUUCAGUCCGGUUAYUGCAGGGAAUGGUGUUUUAUCUAAAUUUCUCACUGGACGUAAUGACCUAGUGACUCCCGCUGUAAAAAGUAUGGCUUGGAUGCUUGGUUUAUGGCUAGGUGACGGUACAACAAAAGAACCCGAGAUCUCUGUAGAUAGUUUGGACCCCAAACUAAUGGAAAGUCUACGAGAACAAGCCAAAAUUUGGGGCCUCUACCUUACAGUGUGUGAUGACCAUGUUCCGCUGCGUGCCAAACACGUGAGGCUACAUUAUGGGGAUGGGCCAGAUGAAAAUAGGAAGACCAGGAAUUUAAGGAAGAAUAAUCCAUUUUGGAACGCCGUCACAAAAUUGAAGUUUAAAAGGGAGCUCGAUGGUGAGAAGCAAAUCCCAGAGUUCAUGUACAGCGAGCAUGUAGAGGUCCGUGAAGCAUUUUUGGCAGGUUUAAUCGAUUCAGAUGGAUACGUCGUGAAAAAGGGCGAAGGCCCUGAAUCUUACAAAAUAGCAAUUCAAACUGUUUAUUCAUCAAUUAUGGACGGGGUUGUUCAUAUUUCAAGAUCUCUUGGAAUGUCCGCUACUGUGACGACUAGAUCCGCUAGAGAAGAAAUUAUUGAGGGAAGGAAAGUUCAAUGCCAAUUCACAUAUGACUGUAAUGUUGCUGGAGGAACAACAUUACAAAACGUUUUAUCAUAUUGUCGAAGUGGCCAUAAAACGAGAGAAAUUCCCCCAAUUGUGAAAAGAAAACCAGUUUAUUUCGGGUUCACGGACGAUUUUCAAGGUGAGAGUACAGUAUACGGACUUCACAUAGAGGGGCAUAAAAGUUACUUAUUAGGCAAUAAAAUAGAAGUCAAGUCUUGUGGAGGCUAUUGUGAAGGAGAACAACCUAAAUUAUCCCAGAAGAAAAACUUGAAACACUGUAUUGCGUGUCCUAGAAAGGGCAUUAAAUACUUUUAUAAAGAUUGGAGCGGUAAAAACCGAGUGUGUGCUAGAUGUUACGGAAGAUACAAAUUUAGUGGCCAUCACUGUAUAAACUGCAAAUAUGUACCAGAAGCACGUGAGGUGAAAAAGGCGAAAGAUAAAGGUGAAAAAUUGGGCAUAACACCAGAAGGCCUGCCGUUUAAAGGACCAGAAUGUUUACGAUGUGGGGGGAUUUUGCAAUUUGACGCUGUUCGUGGACCCCAUAAGAGUUGUGGGACAAAUAUCGGGGUACGGGUUUGUUGA